AUGCAGUCCAGCGAUACAAAUCAAUCAAUUGAUUCUGAUGAUAUACAACUAUCAAAUAUUAUUCCACGUUUAUGUAUAUUAUAUAAAUGGCCUCAUUAUGAUGGUUAUGGAAUUCUUUUAAAUCGUAAUAAGCAUCCACUUGGUUUACGUAUUGAUAGUAUUGAACCUAAUAGUCCAGCUGAAAGUGGAGGACUUUUAUCUGAAGAUAUUGUUCUUGCUGUUAAUGGUCAUUCGACUGGAAAUGAUGAUUUUUAUGUUAUACUUUCAUGUAUUGAAUAUGCACUUGAGCAAGAUCGAAUCCGUUUUUUAGUUCUUGAUUCAAAAAGUGCUGAAUUCGUUCAACGUUAUCAAAUAAAUAUUGAUGAAAAUAAUGAGAAUUGUAUUCGAAUAGAAGCAUCACAAUUUAUUGAAACUCCAAAUGAACUUCUACACAAUCAAUCGCAAACAGAAACACAAAAUGUAUCUCGUGAUAAAUUUGAUGAUACUGAAAAAUUACCAUCUGAUGAUAUGGAUGCUGAUACUUGUUGUGAAUCAGAAUUACGUAUGUGUACUGUAACUCUUCAACCAAAUAUUGAUUCAAUUGGAAUUACAUUAGAACCAGAUACAGAUUUUGGUCAUAUUAUUAGAGAUGUUGAAUCUUAUUCUCCAGCUGCUCGUGCCGGUAUGCAACGAAAUGAUCAUAUUAUAGCAGUUAAUGAUACAUCAUUACUUCAUUUACCUUUUGAAGAUGUUUUAUAUUUUCUUAAGAAAAAACGUCAUGAUAAAGUACUUAAUUUUCUUAUUGCAAAAAAAGCUUAUCUAAUUCAAACAUUACAAACAAAUUUAAUAUCGAAUCUUGAUAGUGAAUUAAAUUCACCAUUAAAUACACUUGAACGAACAAAAUCAUCAACUCUUCCAGCUACACAAACAGUGGAACAUAUCCAUCGUACAUGUAGUAAUGAACAAUCAGAACAAAAUCAACAACGAGAAACAAUAUUAACAAUAACAGAUGAACAAUAUGAUCGUCUUUCAUUACAAAUAUAUACGAAUCGAUAUACAGCAAAACAUAAAAAGAAACAUGGAAAUGUUCAUAAAGGUGUUGGAGCAGCUACAGCACUUCGAUUUUCCUGGAGUCUUAAAAGUGAAAAAACAUUGGAUUAUGCAUCAAUUAAUGCUGAUUUAGAUGGUGGACGAAAACCAGUUCUAAAUGAAGAAAAAAAAGAGAAUAAUUCGUUGCAAACACCUUUUAAUUUCUUACAAGUUGGUAUGACGAAUCCAUCACCAACACAACAAACACGUCGAAUUCUAACGAGUGUAUCAACUUUUAAUUCUUCGGGAGAUGACAGUCCUAAAAUCCAACGAUUAUCAUCGUCUUUCAAACAACAUAAAAAUUUAAAAAAACAAGUACACAGUCCAAAAUUAACAAUAAGAAAUAAUAAUACUGUUACUAAUCAUUCAUCAUCAGCCAAAAAUAAUCAAACAAUUCAAAAUAUUUUAAAUCCAACAACUGUUCAAUCAUUAUCCACAUGGCCUAUUUACGAACAAGAUUUUUCAUCUACAACAUCAGAUAUAUAUGAUGAUGCAGAACAAAUUCAUUCAGUUGUUACUGACACUUCACAAAAUAUCAAUAAUAAAUUAGAAGAUGACAAAAAUGAAGAAUUACAUUUCAAGCCAAUAGAAACACCUAUAUCAACGGAAAAUAUAUCUAAUGAUAUAGAAAAGAAAUUAAAUCAUAGUAUUGAACAUGAUAAAAGCGAAUCUAUUAAAUCGAAAAGUUCCGAUUCUGAUCUAGAAAUUGUAAAUUCGGAAUAUACUAAAGUUAAAAUACAAGUAGAAGAAGAAUAUAUCGUUGAUACAUUUCAUAUAUCAAAUACAAAUGAAAUAGAAGAAAAUUCAAAUGAAUCAUUUCCUAAUGAAGAUAAUCAAUCGAUUUCAAAUAUAUCUACAAAUUCUGCGGACGAAGGAGAAAAAGCUGAAAACGAUUUAGUUACUUCUAAACCAUCUAUAGAAAUGGCACUUGUUACAACACCAAUAUCAGAAUUACCUGAUUAUGGUUAUGAAUUACAUAAUAUAAAAUUAAUGCAACCAACUGAAACAGUUCCACUUGGUUUUAAAUUAAGUAAACAAACAGAUUCAUUACAAUGUGUUGUUUCAGCUAUAGAUCAACAAUCAAAAGCUGAUAUAGCUGGUCUUCAUAUGGAUGAUUGGUUAAUUAAAAUUGAAGAUGUUGAUAUACGUUUAAAUGAAUUUUCUGAUGUUUCUCAAAAAAUCUAUGAAACAUUAAAUACUGUCGGUUCUAUUAAUGUACUUAUUGCACGAAAUAAAUCAACAAGAUUAUCAACAAUAUUUGAUGAUCCACGAGCAUCUGCAAUAGCAGCAUAUGAUAAACCUAAUGAAUUAAAUUUUUUAUUAUCAGUUGGUUUAUCAAAUAAAAUUGAAGAACAUAAAGAUGCAAAUCAAUCAAAACAAAAUGAUGAUACAGAUGAGAAAAUUCGUCAUAUUAUAUUAAAAGAAGCUUUAGGAUUAGAUUUUUAUUCAUUUACACCUGAUAAAAAUAGUCAAAUUAUAAUACAUUCAAUAAAUAAUGUUCGACCAUUAUCAACAGCACAUAAAGCUGGUUUACGUAAUGGUGAUCGUAUAUUAACUGUUAAUAAUAUUGAUGUUACAAAAAUUAAUCAUAAAAAUGUUCGACAUAGAUUAGUAAAAAAAUCACCCGUACAUUUAACAGUUAAAAAUGAUCCAAAAUAUUUAGAAUUAAUUGAAAAUAUCAAACGAGAUCAAAAUCGAAUUACGUUGCCAUCAUUAUCAUCAUCUUCAUCAUCAUCAAAUUAUGAACCUAUCGAACGGCAAUCAUCAAAUUUACUUUCAGAAGAUUUAAUUAAUGUUUUAUUUAUUGAUGAUACUGGUCCAGUUUAUAUGAAACAUUGUGUUUUCAAACAAGAAUCAAUUAAUAAUUCCGUAGGUUUUACAUUACAUUAUAAAAAUAAUUUUCAUAUAAUUGAUAAUGUUGAAAUUGAUAUGCCAGCUUAUAAUUGUGGUUUACGUAAUGAUGAUGUUAUAUUAUAUGUAAAUAAACACAAUGUUGAACAAAUACCCCAUGAUAAUGUUAGAAUGCUUGUUCAAACAUUAAUACUUUCAAAUGAAAGUUUCAAUUUAAUUCUAUUGAAUAUAAAUGAUAUGCAACGAUAUAAAAAUUAUCAAGAAAAAAGUUUUAUUGAUUGGCAAAGUAUUCUUUCAGAAAUCACUGAAGAUGAUAUAAAUCAAGGACAACAACAACAACUGAAUUCUAAUUUCAAUAAUUUAUUAUAUAAACCAAAUGAAGCAUUAUCAUCUUGUAUUUUACCUGGUACACGUAUUUGUAUUUUAAAACCUCUUAUAGGUCGUUCAGCUGGAUUUUCAAUUAGCGGUGAAGAACAACCACCAUUUGUUAUUACUAAUAUUGAUAAAGAUUCACCAGCAGAAGAAGCUGGUUUACAACUUAAUGAUACAAUUUUAUCGAUUAAUAAAAAACCACUUAUUCAUACAAAUUAUAAUGAUACAAUUCAAAUAAUUAAACAAGCACUUCAACAAAAAAUCGUACAAAUUGUUGUUAAUCAACAACCAAUAUCAAACAUCGAAGAAAAACAUAACAAUCAAUUACUAUUACGUGGCAAUAGUAAUAAUGCUGUAGGAAUUACAACUGAUAACACUAAAGAAGAAGAACCAACUCAUCAUCGUGUAAAUGCUUUAGAAGUAUAUCAAAGACAACGAAAUCAAGAAUUAACAUAUUCAUUACGUCUUUGUCAUUUAAAUACAACAAAUUCUGAUGGUCAACCAGCAUCAACAUUCGGUUUUGAUAUAAGUAAAGAACCUAAAUAUGAAUAUCCAAUGAUUUCACGAGUUGAACCAAAAUUACCAGGUGAACUUGCUGGUUUACAAUCACGUGAUCUAUUAAUAAAAGUCAAUGAUCGUAAAACAAAAGGUUUAGAUAUAGAUAAAGUUAAACGUACAAUUGAAAAAGCUAAAUAUAACGGACGAUUAGAAUUGCUUGUAGUUGACGAACAAGUAUAUAGAUAUUGUAUGAGAACACAUAAAAAAUUCAAAGAACCUUACAUUAAAGUAAAACAUAUUUUUCCAAGAAGUAAAUCAAGAAAAAGUUUUGAAACUUUGGAUUCAAUAGCUGCAAGUACACCAGUUACAUCACAAGAUAUGAUCGGUCAAUCAAUGAUGGGUACUACUUAUAAAGUUCAUCAACGUUCUAUAACAAAAGAUGAUUUCAUAUCAUCUACUUCCGAAGAAACAAUUGAUGUUGUUGAUACAACAUUAUCAAUGAAUCCAUCUCAACAAAAAUAUAUCUCUUCUACAAAUCAAAGAACAUCUAGUGGAUUUAACGGAAAACAAAAUCAGAUGUUAACAGAUAAAUCAAAAGUUAAUUCUGUAUCAAAUACAAUUAAUAAUCUUUUUCAAUUUAUUGGAUAUGAUAAAUCAAACAAACUUGAUUAUGAUAUUCCUACAGCACAAACAUCAGUACCACCUAAUGAUUUUAUACGAAAUUUUUCUGAAGAAAUGCAACAUAUGUCACGAUUAUAUCAUACAGUUCGUUCAAAUCGAUCUAGUGGAUUAUAUGAUUAUAUAAGAGAUCCUCGUCGAUGUUUACUCAAAAUCGAUCCUAAUAAAGGUCUAGGUUUUGUUCUUAGUGCUACAGGUGAUUAUGAUCAUACAAUCACCGCCGUUGAAAAGAAUUCUACAGCUGAAGUUGCUGGUUUACUAGUGAAUGAUGAAUUAGUCGAAAUUGAUAGUGUAGAUGUACGAAAUAUUACAUAUGAACAGGUAGUUCAAAUGCUUUUUUCUGCAAUAAAAACUCAAGAUACAAUUGAAAUGUGUGUUACCAAUAAUCAUAUGAAUGAUAUUUUUGCAUCAACAAAUGAUACAAAUAAAAGUGGAAAUAUUCUUGUCAAUAAUAUUGAUAAUAAUUCAAUAACUACAACACAUACACAAGGUGUUAUUAAUAAGGAUCUUUCAUCUCGAAAUAGUCCAGAUAGUAGUCUUAAACAACAAAUAAUAAAUAAAAAUUCUUCGGAUAUACCCGAUCAAGAAAAACAAUCGAAUAAUAUAAUCGAUUAUGGUAUUAAUGGAAAUAUACCGGCAUAUAGUACAGGUAUCACUGCUUCUCCAAAACUUUUUCGUUCAAAAACUAGUUCAUCAAUUACAUCUAAGAAAGACACAGAUGCUAAAGUAUCGCAAAUAUCUAAAAAUGAUGCACCUGUAGCACGACUUUGUUAUAUUCGGAGACUUCCUUCAUCACCUUUCUGUGGUUUUUUUCUAACUGGUAAUCCAAAAAGACUUGGUCGAGUACACGUUUCUAAUAUAAAAAAGAAUUCAUCAGCUGCUCUUUGUGGUUUACGUAAUGGUGAUCGUAUUAUUGAAGUUAAUGGUACGGAUAUUCAAACAUUAACGUAUGAAACAAUAUUAAAUAAAAUACAAUUACAUAUGGAACGUCAUGAUCUUGAAUUACUCGUACUUGAUAAGAAAUCUUUACGUUGGUAUCAGGAUAGAAAAUAUCCGGUUACAUCACAAACAUUACCAACUAUUGUUCGUAUAGAACCAGUUAUUAAUAAUAUCAAUGUUGGAACGCAUACAUCAAAUAAUAACAUUAGAAACAGUAAUUUUUUUGAUCGACAAGAAUCAACAACUAAGCUAUGA